CUUGCUACCGGAGGCCUGGGACAACGGACCGCUGUCAGCCCUCUCUGGUCACUCUGCCUAGCUUGAGGAUCUGUCACCCCGGCCAUGAGGACCCUCGCCCUCCUGGCUGCCACCGUACUCCUGAUGGUCCUGCGGGCCCAGGCGGAGCCACUCCAGGCAAGGGCUGACGAGCUCGCAGCCCAGGAGCAGCCUGGAGCAGACGCUGAGGAAGCAUCUGUUUCCUUUGUAUGGGAGGAAGGUGCCGCACGUCAGCUUUCAGACUCAGGGAGAGGCUCAGCCUGUGUUUGCAGACAAGGACGCUGCCGUUUCGGACAACUUCCAUCUGGGACCUGCUUCCUUGGUCGUAGAAGAUAUCGGUUCUGCUGCCGCUGAGCGUGCAGAUGAAAAUAAGCUCACAAUUUACCUCGAGCGUUGAAGACAUCCUUGUUACCCCUGUACCGUGUCCUCAGUUUCCUUUCCUCAUCCCAAAUAAACGCCUUCUA